UGGAAUAAUUUGCUCUUAGUCACAUUCUCUUUGUUUUCUUUCUUCUUAUUCUUUCUUCUAUCUUUCCUUGUGGGCUUCAGAGCUCUUCGUUCUAGUCGUUUCCCCUUCGCCACGCGAGGCCGAGGAGGAAGAGAUUAUUUUGUUUGAUUUGUGCGAUCGUCUCAAAUCGUCCCCUUUUCUGGCGGAUUUGAAACUUGUGAGUAUUGAAUCUGAACAGGUACACAUACAUUAAUUAGAAGCAAAAGCGAAGUAAUUCUUUUGAGGCAAUACCUGACCCACUUCAAUUUGGCUGUGGAUCUAAUUCAACUAGCUUUGACAUGGAUGAACCAUUUUACCAAAGUAAUCUGCUUCUAGAUUCUGUGGAAACCUCUACCUUUGCGGAAUAUUUAUUAUCUUCAAAUGAUGCAGACAUGGAUUUUAUGGCCAUGACCCCUCAAGACACUGAGGUUUUGGGUAUCUGGAAUUCACCAGACCCUAAUUCUGGUGCAUUUACUUUGAACCAGGAAAAUCCUGAUGAGACUAAAAUGGCUCAUGACAGGAAUACUGCUCUUUCAAUAAAUUCUGGUAGUAGCCCAAGGAUUGAAGAAAGGUGUUCUGAGAGAACCAACGUACUGUCAUUGGAAAAUGUGGGCUUGAAUCUUAAUAAUACUCCAGUUGAUGAUGGGCAGGCGUUUACUCAAAGUCCGAGUCCAAGUAAUUUGAAUCAGAGUGCAGAGCAUGGUGGCAAUGUGGAAGUAUCAUUGUGUACUUCCGUUCCAGAAUUCUUUGAACCUGAGCGCGUUCCUUCUUCAAAUUCUAAUGCGGACUCAUCUAGUGGUGUUGUACAGGUCUCAGAACAUUAUGAUAGAGCAAGAAAUUCAGUUGACGCUCACCGUGCAUCUCUUAAGAGGAAGAACAUAGAAGGAGUUAUUGGAGAAUCUUCAUCAAGUCAAAAAAUUGCUGGAGACUUCAGCAUACCAAGCUCAUCCAAGUAUCUAUCUGCUGGAUGCUCUUCAGGAGAAAAUCGGAUUCCAAGUUUCAACUCUAUACAUGGAGGAGAUUCUUCUGAAUGCUACCCCUUAUCUAGCUUAACUGGAAAUGCUGAAUCCUCACAAAGGAAUUUACGGGUGAGACUUAAUCUUCAAUGCCAGCAUGAUAACUCACCCUAUCAGUCACAUUCUGCUACGAGUAGUAACAGCCUAUCUAGUACUUGGUCAGCUGGUGAACCAUCUUCCGUUCCAAAUCCUUUUAUUCACCAAGCAGAGCAGAGCCAGCAUCAUUUGCUCCCUGUUCCCGGUUUGCAUCAUCAUGUUCGCCAUUCUCCUGCCAGUUCAAGAAUGGGUAGUUCAUCAAUCCCAGCCGUUAUACAACGAAGAAUGAGAUUAAUUGCUUCCCAUGAGGAAGCAAACAUAAGAAACUUUCCGAGAAAUGGCGUUGCUGACCAUCCGACAUUUUUUGCCAGAACCAGUGUCAAUCAACUGGUGCAGGAUCCAUUAAACUGGAAUCCUUCUAAUUCCAACUUGAGUACGUCAGAGAAUAGAGUUAGCACAAGUUCAGGUAUCAUUCCAUUACCAGGAUCCAGCAGGGAACCAAGUGAAAUGGUUCCCGUUCAGUAUCCCAGAAAUUUUUCUGACGUUGUACGUAAUUCUUUGUUUCCAUCUGGUGGAUCUGAAUCUGGACAUCAAAGUGGUACUUUGUCUUCGUGGCAUUCUGGUUGUGCUGCUUCCACACAGGAGACUGGUCAAUCUUCUAGAGCUGUUCGCCAAGGCCAAUCCCUUCCACAUCCAAGGACAGCAGUUUCAACAGAUAGGCAGCGUGGGUUUUCAGCAUUACCGUUGCCAGUUAGGGGCCGAGAAGGGAGAAGUAGAAUGCUAUCUGAGCAGAUUCGCAAUGCAUUGGAUCUUAUGAGAAGGGGAGUGAAUUUGCGUUUUGAGGAUGUCUUCAUGUUUGAUCAGCCAGGGUUCUAUGGGCGCGUCGACUUGAAUGACAGACACAGAGACAUGCGUCUUGAUGUUGACAACAUGUCUUACGAGGAGCUAUUGGCGCUCGAAGAGAGGAUUGGUUAUGUUAAUACAGGACUCUGUGAGCAGACAAUUUUGAAGUGCCUAAAACAACGAAAAUAUUCACCUUCUAAGCAGGAGGUAGCAUCUUUAGAACAGGAGCCCUGCUGUAUUUGUCGGGAAGAUUACAGUGAAGGAGAGGACAUUGGUACACUGAACUGCAGACAUGACUUCCACACUGCUUGCAUCAAGCAAUGGCUAAUGAUAAAGAACUUGUGCCCUAUUUGUAAAACAACAGCUUUAGUCGACGGUCACAGCACAAGCUCUGAUGGCACAAAGUGAUUCUGCUCCAAUAUUAUCAAACCAAUUAAUCACACUGGACACUCUUCUAUCGAUCUUUGAAUCUAUUAUUUCUUUGUUUUCACAUUUUUCGCCUUCUUUCUCUCUUUUUUUUUUCGAUGGAGCAAUGCCCAAAAUUAACAUGUGUAUGUUCGGUUGCUCAAUGUAUGGAGAUGACACUUGUUCUAUGUUGCUUUACAACAUGUAUUAUUAAUUUAAUAUGACUUAAAUGCUAUUAUUACUCCAAGUGGAUCAUAGAUUGGUCU